CCUCAGCUGUAGGCUACAGUGUGAUGAUGUAACAGGAAGUAGUGGGUUGCCUUCCAACGUCAACCUGACAGACGCUUCAGCUGCGCUCAUUGAUCGCCGGAGGUCCGCUGUGUUUGGAGCUCUCGCUGCGCUGUGCCGAAGACAGAAGACGCUUGAGGGACUGCCCGUGAGAGUUUAUUCCAGUUUAAACCUCCUGCGCUGCUGCUGGAUUUUACUCUCUGAUCUGCGGCUGGUAAGUCAUCAAACAGCUUUGACAUGGCCAAAAGGAAGAUGGAUAGCAUCGGGCAGAGCGGGAUGAUGGCACUCAUCAUACUGCUGUGUAAUCUAACAAAGCUUUUUGUGAAGGCAAGCCUGGAGGUCAAUGAAACCCAGCAGCAUCAUCCGACCAACGUCUACCACGACAUGGGAGUCACCAGGAACAAGAUAGUUACUGCACAGUUUGAGUGCUAUCAAAAGAUAAUGAAGGACAGUACCCACAGCAGAGAAGAGCCCAUGUGUAAUCGCACUUGGGAUGGCUGGCUGUGUUGGGACGACACCAAGGCAGGUGUUUCCUCAGAGCAGCACUGCCCGGACUACUUCCAGGAUUUUGACCCUUCAGAAAUGGUUACAAAGAUUUGCACUGACAGCGGCCAUUGGUUCCUGCAUCCAGAGAGCAACCGGACUUGGACGAACUACACCCGCUGCAAUGAACACACCAAUGAAGGCAGAGUGACUGCAAUGAAUCUUUUCUACUUAGCUCUAAUAGGACAUGGACUGUCACUGACCUCCCUCUUCAUCUCACUCGGAAUAUUCUUCCAUUUCAAGAGUUUAAGUUGCCAAAGGAUCACGCUUCACAAAAACCUCUUCUUCUCUUUCGUUCUGAACUCUGUGAUCACCAUCAUUUGGUUGACAGCAGUGGCAAACAACCAGGAGCUGGUGCAGAGGAAUCCAACGAGCUGUAAAGUGUCCCAGUUCAUUCAUCUGUACCUGUUUGGCUGCAAUUACUUCUGGAUGCUGUGUGAGGGAAUUUACCUGCACACUCUCAUCGUGGUGGCUGUGUUUGCCGAGAAGCAGCACCUGAUGUGGUACUAUCUUUUAGGCUGGGGCUUUCCUCUCAUUCCGGCCACCAUACAUGCUGUUGCUCGCAGUUACUACUACAACGACAACUGUUGGAUUAGCUCCAAAACAUCGCUCCUCUACAUCAUCCAUGGUCCCAUCUGUGCUGCUCUGUUGGUCAAUUUGUUCUUUCUACUAAACAUUGUGCGAGUGCUCAUCACCAAACUGAAGGUGACCCAUCAGGCGGAGUCUAGUCUCUACAUGAAAGCUGUGAGAGCCACCCUCAUCCUGGUGCCUCUUCUGGGAAUUCAGUAUGUCCUGCUUCCCUACAAGCCAGAGGGGCGGGUCUCCUCUGAAAUCUACGACUACAUCAUGCACAUACUGAUGCAUUACCAGGGUCUGCUGGUGGCCACCAUCUUCUGCUUUUUCAACGGAGAAGUCCAAGCAGUUCUGAGGAGGCACUGGAACCAGUAUCAUAUCCAGUUUGGCAGCAGUGUAGGAAACCACUCCGAUGCCCUGCGUUCAGCCUCCUACACGGCUUCCUCCAUCACUGAGGUACAGGGCUGCUACAGCAUCGACGGCCACACAGAACACAUGAACGGCAAGGGCUACCUCGACGCCGACGCCUCUAUCUUAAAGUCAGACAGCCCCUUCGCCUGACGACAGCACUCUUCCCAAGCUCUGUCUGCCCCAUCCCCUCUUUAACAACUGCAGCAUGUUCGGAGCUCCAUGGCAACCAGGGAGAACAACAACUCACAUAUUCCUAUAGAUACAAUGUCAGAAGCAAUGCGUGAGGAAAAAGAUUUUAUACCCAGGCUCUCGCCCACCUGAAGAAGCUGUCACCUCUCUUUCACACCGACACAGGCCCCUUUAACAGGACUGUAUGGUGAACUCGAAACAGCUGUGCUUUCUCUACAGUUUUCAACUGAACUGCUUCACUUGGACUAAGAUGCAUUCUGAGAAUCACUAUGUUGUUGCGAUCUUUCUGCCUGACCACAAAAUGGUUUUGAAAUGGAUGAGUAUUAACUGCUUGACUGUCCUUUUGGGAUCAUGUUGUGCACAAACAGCCUUUGGUUACACUGUAAAUUCUUUUGACAUGGUUAGUGCCAAACCAAGAAGUCUUUGCCUCAUUUCUUUUUUAUUUUCAGUACAAAAUCAGAACGAAGAAAGGACAUCUAACAGGUGCGUAAUAAUAUAUUAAAGCUAUAUUAUAUCUUUCACAUGUUAAACUUAAUUUAUCUGAACAUAUUCUUGUUCAUUAAAUGAAAAUUAAAUAAAUACCAUACAGUAUUUAUUAACGUCGACAUUCUACUUUUUUUUUCUUCAAAAAUAGUCAAUUAAAUACCAAUAUGACUUGUUGCCAGCUUCAUAUAAACCUUCAAUCUUGUUUGUUUCAGUGUUUGUUUCCAUGUGUGUAGUUAAUGCAGAUGAUUUACAGAAUCGUACCGUUAGCUUGCAGGCUUCAUUUUUAGAGAUUUCAUCAUGCUAAUGUUUGAGCGUGUUUAAGUGAUCCUUACUGACAUGUGCAUCUUUUGUAUUAUCACCAAGAAGCCAUCGUGAAAUCACGUGUACUUGGGUAUCUAGUCAUUACACUCGAAUGUAACAGUGAAGUCUGAAGACCUGGCUCUGAACAUAUAUGCAUCACAUUCCCAUUCACUGUUGUCUUUAGCCUUACUCUUUUCAAAUUACAUAGAUAUAACCAGUAUAUAAGCAUUACCGGGUGUUCAGACCGAAAACAGCACUGUGUUAAAACUGCAGGG